AGUAAAAAUGUCAUUUUCGAAAAAAAAAAAAAAAAAUUGAUGGCAUUUUCGUAAAUUAUAUGAACUUGUGGGGUGAAUAGGGCAAAACCAAUUUUCAAAAAAAAGGAAGGUUAGUUUUGUGUUUGACUUUAAGUUGUAGGUCAAUUUUGCAAAAAUCCCUAAAAUAUAACCCCUAGUGUCAUGUAGCUAUAAAAUUUCGAGCUAAAACCAUUCAAUCUGUAGGUAAAGAAACACAUAUAAGAAAUGACAUUAAAGGUUUUAUAAUGUUGUAAGACUGCUGUUAAUGAAUAUAUGCACUAAAGAGAUCAAUCAUUUUUUUAAAAAAUUCGGCUACCAAUCUUUAUUUUAUGAUGAAUUAUGAGAAGAAAUAGAAAAAUACCUGAUUUAUAAGCAGAACCAUUAAAAACUUAAGUUUGAUACAUUUUUGGCUAUUGAAAUACAGUGAAAUCUCUAUAAAUUAAUAAUGAUGGGACUACACCAAAACUAUAAUUUUUAUUAAUUUAUAGAAAUAUUAAUUUAUCGAUAUACUAAUUGAACCAAAAAUUCAAUUUGGGACUAUAAAAUUAUAUUAUUUUAUAGAGAUUUUUAGUGUAUAUUAAUUUAUAGAGUAUUAAUUUAAAGAGGUUAUACAGUAUAUUACUGGUACUAAUAUCAUCAUUUAUUAAUUAAUAGUUUUUAAUGUAAUUUAUAUAGUUUAUUUUGUUUUGAAUAUAUUAUUUGUGUGUAAAUAUCAAUGUUCAAGAAAUUUGUAGAUGGUGGUUUGGCAAUUUUGUUUUAAAAAAAAUAUUGUUUAAGAAUGUGUUCACUGGUAUUAAUUUUUUGAACAUCUUGACAAAUUAAAAACUAUAUAUUAUUUUAAAAAUCUUUUUCGUUUAGACUAGAUUUACCAUCUAGGUGAACCCCAAUGCAUACAUAAACUAUUUUUAGAACACUGACAAACAUAGAUAUGAUCUAAUGGCGACUCAUUUGUAUUCAUUCUUUUAUUUAAUAAUAUAUUUCCUUUAAAAAAUGCUAUUGGAUGCUUUUACAUCAAUAUGUAGCAGACGAAAAGAGAUUAUGUCAAUGAUUGGUUGGAUUGUAUUUGUAAAAAUUUAGCUGUAAAAUUUGUGUUAUGAGUGAAUUAACUGUAAUUGUAAAUUUAUUUAUGGAGAUUUUUAUUGUAGUUAUUUCAGUUCUAUGUGUAUGUUAUUGGCGGUAGAUAUUUUAAAAUAAAGCAUGAUUAAGUUAACUAUAAGAUAUUUUAAAAUAAUAAUUUAUAUUUAAAAUAAAACAUUUAGGUUAUUUAAAAUUUAUUAAAAAUUCAAUUUUCUGAAUGGACUUAAAAAAAUUCAAAAGUUAAAUAUAAUAAUAUAUAUAUUUUUAGUUUAUUUAAUACUAUAGAUCAUUUUUAUUUUACAGUUUUUACAGCCUAGGAAAUAGAGAUAUAAGAGUUUUGCCUAAUACAAAUAAAAAGGUUGUGAGAUUAUUUUUUUGCUUUAUCUUAUUUUUUUGCUUUAUCUUUAAAAAAAACUAUAAAAUAGAAACUUUUUAAUGUAUGCUUUAACUUUUAAAAGUAAAGAUACAUCAAAUGGUUAAGUUUGAUGAUUUCAAAAUUAACAAAGCUAAAGGAUCAAGUUAAGAUCCAACCAAUCAUCCACUAUGUCUCUAAGCUAGGCUGCCAUUUUUUUAUUAACAAUGUUUAUUUAGAUUUUUUUAACUAUUUAAUAUAUUUAUUUUGAACUAAUUUAUACAUGUAUUUUUAAGUACAUGGUUGAAUUAAUAAAUAAUGUUAAUUUAGCUACAUUACUCAAGGAAGCACAACAAAUAUAAUUUUAAUAUUUGAUGCGAUGAAUAGUACGAUACCAACUUUAGUGUAAUAUUAUUCAUAAAACAUCAAAUUAGUGAAAUGGUAUUAUUUUUGAAGUUCUAUUUAAAAAUUAGAUUACACCAGAUUUGUUGUUUUGAAAGCUAAUUGGAGCUGGCCUAAGUAUACCAUGACCCAAUUUACUCUCCGGGAGGAUUUAUAUAACAUUUAAUAGGAAGAUUAUCAUUAACUUCAAAUUAUUUAAGCUAGUUUAUAAAAAUCAAAAUCUUAUGAUAAUUAUUUUUACAAUUACUAUAUUUUAGUUGAUAAUAUAUAUUCUACUAAUAGAGAAUCCUAUUUUAUCUAUUCAAAGAAAGUUGUCAUUUAAGUUUUAUAUGGUCGUCAAGCAAAAAAGAGUGUUUGGAACAUUAUAUAUUUGUAACAUAAUUUUAUGACACUUUCAAACGAUAUAGUUUCAAUAUUUCUAAACAAUAAAAUUAUAAUGAUAUUAUCAAAAUUUAUAAAUUAAACCUAUAGUAUAUCCCACCAAUAUACUUUUAUUAAAGAUACUCCAUUUUAUUAUUAUUGCAUGAUAACUUGACCUAAGAAAUACACUAUUAAUAUGACUUUUCUAUAAUAUUAUUAUUUUCUGUCAUACAUACAAACUCAAUUAAAACUUUUUAAAUCAUUAUGGCAAUUAUGUAUGCAUGUGAAAGACGAAAGACGAUUGUUCGCGAGCACUAUGUGUCAAACUGUUCGUCUUUGAAUUCUUUGCUCUAGGAACAUAUAUGAUCUCUGAGUAAGAAAAAUUGUCAUUCAGCUUCUAGAUCUUUUAAAUAAAUUGCAAAAUAUAUAAUACUAAAUAUUAACUGACAUAGAUAAUUAACCAAACAUCUUAGUUAAUAGAUCAACGAACCACAAUAAUUUUACUUUAAUUCAUUUUCAAAGGCAACAAAAAAAGAAAGAAACAUAAUCCACAUCGUAUCCUAGUGACCCAUUACGAUUGAUGUACCCGGCUCUAGUCUUACAUGAUAUUUUGAUUGCACCUCAAUAUAUGAUCGUUUUAACUAUAUUAAUUAGCGUAGUAACUGCAACAACUAAUUUUCAUAACUGAGUUUAAAAUCAUAUAUAGGCUAUUAAUCUUUUUAAACUAUCAGUAUCUUGUUUUUCAAAAGACUUAUUGGUUCUUUUCUCAACUGUUUGCGUGAAAUUCAAGUCGAAUUCUCGUACUCAAAUGAAUAUCUUGAAGUGGCAAUUAAGCUCCACUUGCUCUAAAAGAUCCAAACUCAAUUUCACGCUCUCUAAACGUAGCCAUAUGUGUGAUACUUUUUAUAUAUAGAGACAACAAAAACAGGAUAAAUAAAGUAUGUCUUUUACUCUUUUAACUCAUAGAAGAGGAGAAGAAAUGUCAAGCACAUCGUUAGCUUCUUUGACGGGAAAGGGUCAAACUCGUUUCAACGACUACAAUAGUUUCACAUUCUAUUUCUUGUUCUUCAUUCUUCUUAUAACUUACAUUCAAACAAGUCCAGUAUUUUACUUAUAAUUUGUAUAUUGAAUUAUUAGUUAUCAAGUUAGUAUACACAAAUUAUAACAUUAAACUGUUGCACCAAGUUAGUACCAAUUUGUCCUUUGAUGUAGACUUUAGAUUGUCCUGUACUCUAUAAAAUAUAAAACAUAUAUAUACAUGACGCUUAAUAUUUUGAAAUAUAUACUCUUUCGUAAUUGUUUUUUUAAUCUAGCUAGUAGGCCAUUCUCUAAUAAAAAUUGAAUGUCUCGAUACAAUGGACACAUGAGACAAUGGUCACACACAAAAAUAUGAUUGUGUCUUAUAUUUCUUUGACUGAUUACAAAUUUUAUAAUUGUCAAACAAUCUAAGUAAUAUAUACAUAAUCUAAUAAUUUAAAUGAUUAACUGAAAAUUAUUUUUUACAAAGAAAUAAGAAGCUUUUUGUCAAGAACGAAGAAGUUUAUCGACCUCUCUAACUAUUUCAAAUUUAUAUGGAAAAAUCUUAUUGAUAGUAUUGGCUAUUAUAAAAUGAUUUACGCUUUAUGAUGAUGAUAUAUUCGCUAGUGGUUAUUAUAUAUUUAAUGAUAUAUUUCCUGUCAAAAAUAAUAUAUAGUAGCUAGAAAGAAACUAUAUGCCCAUGCUAUAAGACAUUAUAUAAAUAAUAAAAUGGGUUAGUCAGAAGAACUAUUUAUCUUGACGCGGACAACGUCUAGUAAACAUUCCUCUUAUGCUGUUCAAAAUCCACCACUUCUCUUCUUGUCUUCUUCACCGAUUCAAGCCCAUUAUAUCACGACAAUUAUACUUCAAACACUAUAUAUACACGAAUACACAUACAUACAUAGUAACACAUACAAACACACGCCACAAAGCCUCUAUUGAUCAUCCAUCAAUCCUAUCUAAUCUCAUCACCAAAAACAAAAAUCAUGAUCUCUAGGGUUUUUGACUUCGUGAAGCAAUCCAAAUCCAUUCAACUAAACAACAAACUAUUCGUCGAUCUUCUUUCUUCUUCUUCAUCAUCAACCAAACCCAAAGCUUUGCAUGAUGUGUUCAUCAACCACAGAGGAACCGACACAAAGAGAAACAUUGCGACUUUGCUUUACGACAAUCUCAAUGCCCGUAACAUACGUCCAUUCUUGGAUAGCAAGAACAUGAAACCUGGAGACAAGCUUUUUGAUCAUAUCAACCGUGCGAUUCUCACUUCUAAAGUCGCCGUUACCGUCUUCUCUCCCAACUAUUGCGAUUCUUACUUCUGUUUGCACGAGCUUGCUCUUAUUAUGGAGUCCAAGAAAAGGGUGAUACCGAUAUUUUUCGACAUCAAACCUUCACAACUCGAUGUUAUGAUCGAAAGGGUGACAUGUUCUGAUGAUGAAAUCCAACGGUUUAGAUGGGCUCUUCAAGAAGCUAAAGAUAUCGUCGGGCUUACGUUCGAUUCCUGUAAAGGGAACUUAUCAGAGGUUGUUACAGUUGCGUCGGAUGUUAUCGUUGAGAGGUUGGUGGAGUUAGAUUCUGAAGACGAAGCUGUUUAGGCGUUGGAAGAACUUUAAUUAACUCCAAAUCAGAAGCUUCUCUCACAUAUAUAUUUUAUAUGAUUAAUUAAUUAAUUUAAUUCAUUUCAUUCAUGCAUAUAUAGUUAACAGAAGAGAUAACAACUUUUUGUAAUGAGGAUUUCUAAUCUGCAUUAUUUCUUUGUAUUAUUUUUGUGUGUGUGGCAAGUUAUUGCUUUGUAAGCUCAAGAAAUAAAUAAAUAAAUAACAUUCUCUCUUUCUAGCUAAUACCGAAACUCUUUGUUUGUUUUGAAAAUCAUUAUACUUUUAUAAAAUAUUAUAGAACCCCUUUUUUAAUCCAGUGGUUUGAGAAAGAUUCAUUAAAGCUAAUACAGCAGGAAGGAAGUCUAGGUUUCUCUUCCAAGAAAAGACAAAUUAUGCAAAUUAUCCAUAGUAGGUCGACUAGAAUCAUAUUCUUGGUUCAACCAUACAGUCUCGGUCGAAGUUCGAACCCUCUCCCUCUCUAUGUGGAGAAAACUCAGUGAUGAGAGUCAUGAGACUGUAAAAGAAGUUUGUUGCUGUGGAGGUUGGCAAACCUACUUUUGCGUCGAUGUUAGUUAACUGGAAUAUUUUUAGUGGGCCGAAGAUGGUUUUGGGCUGAACAACACAUCAAAUUCCCACUGUUUUUAAUCUUAUAAACCGGAUCAACCCUUUCUGUGUCUAAACCGGACUCAAGAAAGUUGAAACAAAGCGGAUCAGCCCCUUCUGCGUCUAAAGUAGACUCGAAUCUUAUCGAUCCAAAUCAAACUGAAUAGUUCCAAAAUAGAUAUUUUAUUAAGUGCAUACCUUUAAAUAUAGCUAAAUUAAAGAAGCUGAUAAAAAUUAGCGUAAGAAAGUGAUUGCCAGAAUAUCCCACUCACCUUUUUCUUUAUUUUAGUUUCCAGGAAUAGUCUUCAAUUAUUAUAUGAAGUAAUAAUCUCUAACUUUGUUUAUUUAAAAAAAAAACUAAAAAUCUUUAGCAUAUGAAUAUAUGAUGUGUUACCUGUGUAUGAUAAACUCAUAAAAGUCGUCAUCGAAUCAAGUGGGCCCUUUAUAUUAUAUCAUAACUUAAGAUCACAAGUUCGCAGUCCAAUGCAACGAGUUUUUUUUUGUCAAUGUACAAUGAUUUUUCUAAACGAGUCUUUUCGAAUAAAACAAAAUUUAUGAUUAGGAAUUAUAUAUCGACUCUUAUAAAAAUAAAAAUUAAGAUUACAUACAUAUUCAUUUCAAAUAUACUUUAUAAAGUAAGUAUAUUUAACAAUUUUUAUAUAUUAUUCUAAUUUUUAUAUUAUUUUAUGUAUUCUCUGCAAACUCAAAAUCAUAAUUGAGAUAUAAUAUAAUGAUUUAAAUGACACUGUUUUUUUUUUUUUUUUUUUAACACUGAAGGAUUUCAUUGAUUAUAAACUUAGACAAAAACUUACAAGUUGUGAUCAUAUGCUAGCAAGUUAUAAAAACUUCUAGAAACUAAGCCAACAGGAAUAACAUUCCUUUGGAGUCAUAGGCCGGCAGAUGCGAACUGAAUCUCCGGAGACAAGAGAGAUAAACCAAAAGAUCAAGUACACACAAUACAUGAAUCUAGAUCAAAUGAGCAAAAACACCCAUGCAAGAGGAAUGACCAAAUGAAGAAGGAUAAGAUAGAACGCAUCCACAGUCGAACUUUAUUUGGGUAGAACCACACCUCAUUAUAUUGCUUUGAAGAUUACUUCACAAGCCACCGAGGAUGAAGCAGUAGACAUAACCCAGGAAGAUGAUGAGCACGCAGCUUUUAACAAUCAACUUCCACGACCGGAUGUAAAGAGCCAAAUCCGUCCAAGAUAAUCACAUCUGAGAUCCCUUGCGUAGAGGCAACAAGAUACAAAGAUUAAACCAUAAUCAUACCGUUUCAAGCGAGAUCGAGGACAUGCAACCUUCAAUCCAUGGUAGAACCUCUACAAUAAGUGAAACAUGAAAAGCACAGCCAGAUCGGGAAGACGGGAGAACAACGAGAGGAUCUAACGGAUCCUUGAAACGCAGAAGUCGAAACAAGGCCAAAAGACCAUCUGAAGAAACCCGAAGAGAAGAGGAAACGUCGGAACAGAGGAACAACAGCAUGAUAUAAGCACGCCACCGACUGAUCCAUCACCGACAUACCUCGAACCUCAAAAGAAUCUGGAAUUCAAGAUCUAGAUCCAACUAUUGGAGACUUAAAACUUAAGAAAACAUGCAAGCAAAGAGAAUGGAAGA